AUGUUUCACGGAGGCCUUUUGUCUAAGUUGCGGGGUUUCUACAAGUGGUAUGUUCUCGGUUUGGUGUCUGUGGGCUACAUUUUGGGAGAGCUUGGACAUUAUCUAAUAGGAACAACUUCGAAAGUAACAGCGGACGAUUUACACUACGGCGAUAAAUCGUGCAUGCUGAAUGCAACACACCUUCAUUUGAGCCAACUUCCGGUUAUCUGCGAGAAGGUCAACUCCAGCGAAAUAUGCGAGUCGCUGUCCCUGAACGGAACGUAUUAUUGCGAAUGGGGCUACAAUGGUCUAGGAAUCGACUAUCAAGUGCUCGCCGGACCAGCUUUCAUGGCUGUCUUUACUGUUGUGGGCGUGAUAUUAGGCGUAGUCGCUGAUAAGUACAACAGAGCACGAAUCCUCUCCGCGUGCACCCUGGUCUUCGUGGUCGCCAUUCUCAUGAUGGGCAGUGUCACAGAAUACUGGCACCUGGUGAUAUUGCGGAUGAUAAUGGCCGCUGGAGAAUCUGGUUGUAACCCAUUGGCGACUGGUAUCUUGACAGACCUAUUUCCUGAACAUCAGAGGGCAUUAGUGCUUUCCAUCUUCAACUGGGGAAUAUAUGGAGGUUAUGGUAUCGCUUUCCCGGUUGGAAGAUAUGUGCCUACUUUGAAUGCUUGGGGUUUGAGCUGGCGUUUAUGCUACUACAGUGCUGGAAUCGUUGGGCUGGUUAUAGCCGCUUUUACCUUCCUUACUCUUCGGGAGCCAGAAAGAACAACCAUUGGAGAAGAAGGUGCCGGAAACGCGAAGCCAGCAGACAGUUUGGAAUCAGGCAAGAAAAUGCCACAAGUGACAAUCUGGCAUGUAAUUGCUCAACCCAGAAUUAUCUUGUUGUGCUUGGCCGCCUCUAUAAGACAUUGCGGUGGUAUGACGUUUGCGUACAACGCUGACUUGUACUACCGCGAUUACUUCCCCGACGUAGACCUGGGCUGGUGGCUGUUUGCUGUCACCGUUGGCAUUGGAUCGGUUGGCGUCGUUGUGGGAGGAGUAAUUUCUGACAAGUUCGUGUCUCGCAUGGGUGUUCGGUCACGCGUGCUAGUUUUAGCGCUAUCACAAUUGAUUGCCACUCUUCCCGCCUUCGGCUCUGUUGUCUUUGGUCCUCUGUGGGCUAUGAUCACUCUUGCUUUCUCCUACUUCUUUGCUGAAAUGUGGUUCGGUAUAGUAUUCGCUAUCCUAGUUGAGAUCGUGCCACUAUCCGUGCGAUCCACAACCGUUGGUGUAUUUCUAUUUGUCAUGAACAAUGUUGGAGGGAAUCUCCCGAUUUUGGUCGACCCCGUGUCUAAAGCUAUCGGAUAUAGAGAAGCCAUUAUGAUAUUCUACGCUGGCUUCUAUGGAAUCAGUAGCAUUCUGUUCUUUAUAACGAUGUUCUUCAUGGACGGCGCAGUGGAGAAGCCAGAAAACAAACAGACGAACGGCCUUGACAAUUCCGCUUAUAUCCACGACGAAACCAGACAAAGACAGGAAGCGAGACUGUAA